AUGCGCUGCCUGCCUCCACUUCCACGCUGCGCUCCCUUCCCUCCCCACCACAAGAACCGCGUCGACACCACCGCUGCCAUUGCCGCGGCCAGCCGAGCCUCUCAGCCGCGCCAGCCAGGAGGCGCCAGCUGCUUGCUGUUGACCUCACGUUUGAUGGAGCUGCACAAGUACUGGGGAGUGGGGGGCCGGCGGUGCGGCAGCUGCGAGGCGGCCCCGGCGGCGGUCCACUGCCGCACGUGCGUCGGUGGGUCGUUCCUCUGCAUGACGUGCGACGCCCGCUCCGCGCACGCGCGCCUGGCCCACGAGCGCGUGUGGAUGUGCGAGGUCUGCGAGCUGGCCCCCGCCGCAGUCACGUGCAAGGCCGACGCCGCCGUGCUCUGCGCCGCCUGCGACGCCGACAUCCACGACGCCAACCCGCUGGCGCGGCGCCACGCGCGGGUCCCCAUCGCGCCCAUCGGCUCCGAGGCCGCCGCCACGACCGUGGAGGCCAUGCUGUUCAGGACCGGCGAGGCGGCGGCCGCGUCCGAGGCCGACGAGCAGAACAACGCGGCGGCCGAGCAGCAUCAGCAGCACGCGCACCACGCGCACGCGCUGAACCUCAACGUGGAGGCCAAGGACAUGAAGCUGGACUACCUCUUCUCUGAGCUGGAUCCCUACCUCAGCGUCGAGAUCCCGCGAUUCCAGCACGCCGACAGCGUCGUCCCCAACGGCGCCGGCGCUGCCGCCGUCGAGCUGGACUUCACGUGCGGCAUCGGCGUCAAGCACUCCUCCUACAGCUCCUACACGGCCACCUCCCUCGAUCUCGCGCAUAGCGGCUCCUCGUCGGAGGUCGGCGUGGUGCCAGAGGCCUUCGGCGGAGGCGGCGGCGGCGGGAGCUUUGAGCUCGACUUCACAAGGCUCAAGCCUCAAGCCUACAUGCCAUACACCGCGACUCCCCAGAGCCACAGCGUGUCGUCGGUGGACGUGGAGGUGGUGCCGGAGCGGGGAGACUUGCCUGCGGUGAGGCCGGUGCCGCUGAUGGGGGAGAGCCGGGAGGCGCGGCUGAUGCGGUACCGUGAGAAGAGGAAGAACCGGCGGUUCGAGAAGACCAUCCGGUACGCGUCCCGGAAGGCCUACGCCGAGACGCGGCCGCGGAUCAAGGGGAGGUUUGCCAAGCGUGCCGACCACGACGGGGACGCCGACGCCGACGACGCUGAGGCCGAGGCCGCCGUGCCGUCGUCGUACGUGCUCCACUUCGGCUACGGCGUCGUGCCGAGCUUUGCAUGA